AAGGAGGAGGAGAAAGCCGAAAGCAAACGACCCGCCGUUGAGGUGUACUCUGAAGCGCAUCCCGGAAGAGGAGAAGGCCGCGACCGCCGCACUCCCACGGCACACGCCCCGCUCGCCCGCCCAUCCUCUCGCCGUGGCUGUCGUCGUGAUCCCGCGAUGUCGUCGUGGCUGCGGAGCGCGGUGAGCAAGGCCGUCGAGGCGGGCGGCCGCAGCGGCGUGGCCCGCACCGUCCUGGGCUACGCCGACGCCGUCGCCCACCAAGCUGGCCAGGCCGUCGCCGAGGGAGCUAAGAUCAUCAACGACCGCAUGGGCGCCCAGAACUACAAAAGCGUCAAGCAAACAGUUAAGCGCUUGGAAGAGGCAGCGGUUUCAUCACGUGGGGACGAGAGAGUUCAGGUUCUAAGGCGUUGGCUCAGGGCGCUGCAGGAGGUUGAGGCGGAAAUCGGAGGUUCGGAUGGGACUGCUGGACAGAAUGUCUCUUCAAAUGAGCCAAAAUCCUCAAAAGCAUCAUUGGCAAGAGUUUUGUUUUAUGACGCUGAUAUUGGAGGGCCUCCUAUGAACUUCCGAGAUGUAUUCCUCUAUAGCCAAGCUCCUGAGGGCAUUACGUUGUCCAUGAUUCUUGAAGCUCCUAAGGAAGAAGAGGUUUCCCUUCUUUUAGAAAUUUUCGGAAUAUGUCUUACAGGGGGGAAAGAAGUUAAUAAUGCUAUAGUGAGCAGUAUACAGGACUUGGCAAAAUCAUUCUCAAAUUACCAUGAUGAAGUCCUGGUGAAACGUGAAGAGCUCCUUCAGUUUACACAAAGUGCCAUUUCAGGGCUAAAGAGGAAUGCUGACAUUGUGAGGAUAGAUACUGAAGCUGUAGAGUUGUGGAAGAAACUAGAUGAAAAGGAGGCAUCACGAGUUCAAUCAGUUGACGAUUCUGAUAAAGUUACAGAAAAGACCGCUGUUGCAAUUGUUGAGUCAUUCAAAGAAGCACUCACCGAAGUCCAAUUUUGCUCUAGAAUGGAGGAGCUUUUAUUGAAGAAAAAAUCAAUUAAUACUGGGGACUCCCUAGAGAUCCAUUCCCAAAAGGUUGACAAAUUAAAGGUAUUGGCGACUUCCCUUGCUAAUUCAUCCUCCAAGGCGGAGAAGCGUAUUUUGGAUCACAGACGCCAGAAAGAAGAGGCUCUUAACUUUCGUGCUAAAAAGGAGAAUGAAGUGAUUGCAGUUGAAAAGGAGUUGACUGCUGAGAUUUCUGAAUUGGAGAAACAAAGGGAUGAACUUGAGGCACAGUUGAAGAAGGUCAACAUUUCACUGAAUGCUGCUGUUGGUCGGCUCAAGCAAACGAGGGAAGAGAGUGACCAAUUUCAUGAAGCAAGCGACCAGAUGAUAUUUAGUUUACAAGCAAAGGAGAAUGAACUUUCGAAAUCUAUUGACUCAUGUAACGCGGAGGCUGGUGUAGUCAAGACUUGGAUAAAUUUCCUUGAGGAUACAUGGCAACUUCAGUCAUCAUACAAUGAACAGAAGGAUAAUAAAACUAAUGAUGAGCUGGAGAGAUGCACAAGCAAUUUUCUGAAGUUGACCAAAUGCCACCUUUCUAAAUUCGAGGAAGUUCUUAGUCCAUCAGUUGAGCGUAUUCGCACAUACGUGGAUAAUUUGGCAGUCUUAAAUUCAAGGGAGGAGUCAAUAGAACACGAAGAUGAUGAGGUUUCCGAAAAGACAAGUCCACAAAAGUCCCUUGAGGAGGAAUAUUUGGAAACUGAAAAGAAGAUCGUAAUUGCCUUUAGCAUUGUAGAUCGCAUGAAGAAGAUGUUCUAUUCUGAGCAAGGGGCUAAUUCUAGGCGAGAUGAUGCAGAGGUCAGGAACUUAUUUUCUGAGAUAGAGAAGCUGAAAGAGGCAUUCGAGUCUGUAGAAAGGCCAACACUAGACAUUGAAGUCCGCAAGGCAAAGGUGCCAACCAAGGACAGAUCUGAAUUGAGCCCUUCACCUGCUCAGACACCCUCUUCGCCUAAAGAUGUGCCUGUGGACGCUCCAAAAUCUCCGGUUAAACCUGAGCAGACGCUGGGCCCCGAUUCAGAGCUUGCAAAGCUAGAAUUAGAAUUCGGGAAAGUUAACAAAUACCCUGAGAUAAGUGGUUGGGACUUCGACGAGCUUGAAGAGGAGCUGCGAGCCGACAUAUCUAAAUCAAGCAAUCCAAAAUAACCACAUGCACCGUACAUUGGUGAGACGCAUGCUCCCAACUUCCGUGUGGCUUUGCACCAAAUUUGUACAUAUGUUGAAUGACAGAAUGCACAUAAUGUUGUUUCAUUGUGUCCAUGGAUGUUCUAUACUUACUGCAUGGGCAGUGCAGGUAACAAUAUAACAUUGUACAAUGACAAGGCGUCACUUAUUUGUUUGUUCUUGUCCUGCACAUGUAUACAAUAACGGUGAAACUUAUGUAACAUUUCCACAUUUGGACCUUGUAAUAACUUUAUUAAAGAUCAACUGCUCUGGGAAAGCCCCGUCAGGUCUUAAUUCAGCAGAAUUGCCAGGAAAUAAUGU